GUGAAAUCAGCUCUGUGUUUCAAAAAGCCUGUCCUUCAUGCUUCGUUCGGUUGUAUUCUCCUCGCCUUGUCCAUUUGAAGAACAUUUACACAAGUAAACAUGUCUUCAGUGAAGAUUAUGCUUGUAGUUUCUCUCUUCAUCCCUGCUGUGAGGUCCAGUUCAGAUUUGUGGAAAUUGGAAUGCCCGCCUACAUAUGGAAUUCUUGCUCAGACCACAGUUAUCAGAUGCUAUUUCAAAGACAUAAAAGAUAUUCACAUAGUUGCAGUUUAUUUAACAAAAGUUGGACAGGACAAGCCAUUAUUUGCUCAAGAAGAAUCAAAAAGAUCAGGAGAUCAACGCUUUAGUCUUGAAAACUCAGCAAUGAGUCCAUCUCUGCAAAUCUCUGACACAAUGUUCUCUGAUGAGGGUGAAUAUCUGUACCAUGUUGUAACGGACAGUGGUUAUGAAGACAUACAGCUUAGCAUCAGUGUCACAGCGAAGUACAAGGAUCCUGUAACAAGCACAUGGCCUGAAAAUGUAAAGGAUGGAGGACCUGUCAGCCUUUACUGCAAUGCUACUGAUGGCUACCCAGCAGGCUCCAUCCAUUGGUUUGACCAUUCUGGAACCAACUGGACCAUAAAUUCAGAACUGACAAAAACCCCCAAGGACAUCAGCGGUGUAAAAUCUGUGGCUUUGUCUAGCAAACUGACUUUCAAGUCUAUCGUCCUGGGUCUGGAACCAUUUAGAUGCAUCGUCUUUAAUAGUAAAUAUGUACAAGAUGGAGAAAACACAAUGGAGAUCACAUCUGCUAUACAUGAUGAUAACAAGGAUUCUUCAGGAUCUAAUACAACAAACAUUGUCGCUGGUGUGAUGGUCAUUGGAUCGCUUACUGUUGGCCUGCUGUUCGCUCUGUUGUGUUUCAGAAAACAAAAUGCUCCGCAUAGACGACCUUCUGCCCAUCCUAUUCUAAAUUAUGAACCAGGAAAAGCUGUUGAAGAUGAUCUGGAAAAUGGUAACAUCAGUCCUGAGCAUUGAAGCUUCUAAUAUCAGGAGAUGAAAUUGAAACUAUAAACCCUGAUUUUCAUACUGAGAUCAGCGCAGCCGCC